AUGCCUACUAAAGCUGACGAGGUUAUGACCAGACUUAGGAUCAAUCUGAGCAGGAUCUGGCUUCAAUAUUUCCUCUACCAUGCACUUGGCUCCAUAUUUUAUCAAAAGCUUCAUCUUGAGGAGGUUAUCAAGAGCGUUGAGAAUGCUAUAUCAGCAACACCGCUAGACUACCCUGAUCGUUCAGUAUGGUUGAGCAACCUUAGUGACGCACUCAAAACCGGGUAUGACCAAGUAGGAGACCUCAAGGACCUUGAGCACGCCAUCAAAUGGGACAAGGAGGCUAUCGCAACAACACCGGAAAACCACCCUAAUCGUGAACGAUUAUUGAAUAAUCUGAGCAAUAAGAUGGCGAAAAGGUAUUAUCAAUCAGGACAGCAAAAUCUACAGGACCUUCAGCAGGCCAUUGAGUGGGGUGAGAAGGCAGUCGAAAUGACCACAAACGAUGACCUCCAUCUUGCCGGAAGGUUGUAUAAUCUAGCGGUUAUGCUCACUUCACGAUAUAACCAGUCAAAAUCGGUUCGAGAUUUUUAUCACAUUCUUCGUCUUUCCUAUGCAGCUUGGCACUCCCAUAUCGCGAAACCGGCUAUACGUAUUCAAACAGCUCGUGAAGCAGCUUUGCUUCUUGCUGCAAGCAAGAUAUGGCAGGAGUCAAGUGCACUUCUCGAGGGCGCCGUCAGAAUGCUUCCCAACCUAAGCUCAAGAUCGUUGAGGAGAGAAGGUCAAGAGCAUCACUUGUCUCAGUUUAGUAAUCUUAUAGCUGAGAGUAUCUCUUUCACUUUCCAGGCGGGCUCAGAGGCCUCUCACUGCCUUAGGUUAUUGGAACUUGUUCGAGGCAUUAUUAUGGGCGUUGCUAUUGAUAGCAAAACUGACCUUUCGGAACUACAGUUGAAGCAUCUGAAGGAACUUGACACAUUUCAACGGCUUUGUAUACAGCUUGACUCCAAAUCUAAGAAUGACCUCACCCAAGCGCUAUACUUAUCAGUUGAGAAACCAGAGAAUGGGUGA